GCGGCGGCGAGUGUCGGGGAGCGGCCGGCGAGGCGCACGGUUCCGGAGCUGAACGCUCAUGUCCAGCGAUGGAUGACGACAGCCUGGACGAGCUUGUGGACCAAAGCCCGGGGCCCGAUGGCCACCCAAGACUCCGUCCUGCUGCCCUGGCCAGCGAUGCUGAAGGAAGCAGUGAUGCCCACAGUGGCACCUCUGAGGACGACUCGGGCAGCGAGCACAGCGAUGAGGAGGAUGCAGACGGGGACCUGGAGGACGGAUCUGGUUCCGAGGACUCUGAGGAAGAUGGUGACGACAUGGACACGUUAGCAGCAGCAGCAGAUACUCAGGGAACGCUGGAAGCCAGUGGUGCAUUUAAUUCUGAUGACGACUCUGAGAGCUGCCCGAUCUGUCUCAAUGCUUUCAGGGAGCAGGCUGUGGGGACGCCCGAGAACUGCGCCCACUACUUCUGCCUCGAUUGCAUCGUGGAGUGGUCCAAGAAUGCCCAUUCCUGUCCAGUUGAUCGAAUUAUAUUUAAAUGUAUUUGUAUUCGAGCUCAGUUUGGCGGUAAGAUCCUGAAGAAGAUUCCAGUGGAGAGUGCCCGGCUCGGGGAGGACGAGGAUGAAGACCCGACCUUCUGUGAGGUGUGUGGCCGGAGCGACCGGGAGGACCGGCUGUUGCUCUGUGACGGCUGCGACGCUGGGUACCACAUGGAGUGCUUGGACCCCCCUCUCCAGGAGGUGCCGGUGGAUGAGUGGUUCUGUCCGGAAUGUGCUGCCCCCGGGGCCACUUCUGCCGCUGACACGGGUCCCGUGAGCGAGGAGGAGGUCUCCCUGCUCUUGGCUGACGUGGUGCCCACCACCAGCCGGCUUCGGCCCCGCACGGGGAGGACCCGGGCCAUCGCCAGGACGCGGCAGAGCGAGAGGGUCCGAGCGACAGUGAACCGGAACCGGAUCUCCACGGCCAGGAGGUUCCAGCGUGUCCCCAGGUACCUCAUGUCGUCUCUGCUGGACGAGACCAUUGAAGCCGUGGCUGCCGGGCUCAGCACAGCCGUGUACCAGCGCCCCGGGCCGCGCGCCCCUGCCCGCCGCAGGAGGAAAGGAGGAAGACGGAAGAAAGCAUCAGGAAGAAAGAAAGCCCCAUCCAGAUCGUCUGCAAAGAGCAGGAGCUCAGGGCCAAGGUUGAAGAAACGCCUGGGUCGUGUGAAGAAGAGGAAAGCACAGAAGAUAAAGAAUGAAGCCACGGCUCGUUCGCGCAUCGCACGGACGCUGGGUCUCUGCAGGCCAGCCCGUGGAGCCUGCACCCCUUCCGUGUACAAGCCUGCAGACCCGUCUCUGGGACUGAUGCGUGCUGACAUCGGGGCAGCCUCUCUCUCCCUGUUUGGAGACCCCUAUGAGCUGGACCCCUUCGACAGCGGUGAAGAGGCGUCUGCAAGCCCUGCUUCCCCUCUGAGCGCCAAGAGGAGGGUUCUGUCCCGGUCAGCCCUGCGCUCCCACCAGCCUGUAGCCAGACCCAUCUCCAUGGGGCUCUCCAGGAGGAGUGCUCCCACUGCAGCCCCCCAGCCGGAAGUGGACGCAGAGCCCAGCCCUGACCUGCUAGGGAGCAUCCUGUCUGGCCAGAGCCUUCUGAUGAUGAAUGGCGCCGACAUCGUCAUCCACCGCGAUGGCUCCCUCAGCGCCAAGAAGGCAGUGCCAGUUUCUUUUCAGCGGAACUCACCUGGUCCAUCCAGAGUGCCAGAAGGCGCCGGUGGGCGUCAGUCAGGAAGCGGGCCGCAGAGCUCGGGGCCCAGCUGCCCGGGCAGGGCCGCCCCCGCCCCCACCCAUGUCCCUGCUCUCCUGUCGGGAGCAGCAGCAAAGCCUGGCUCCUCUGUGACACCUCGGUUGGACCAGUCUCAGACCUUGUCCAGUGAGAGCAGACCUGGUAUAAAACAGGGUGAGGAUCACCGGUUUAACAGCGACAGCAAGCACUCUCUGCCUCUCGGGUCUGUGGCAUUGAAGGUCUCACACAGCUCUGACUCGCCCUCCAAGAGCACAGUGCCGGGCCAGGCCCUAAGACCAGCUCCCAGGCGGACAGACAUCUCUGAGCUCCCCAGAAUACCAAAGAUCAGGAGAGAUGGCAGCCAGGGGGACGAAGUUCCCACCAGCAGGCAGGGCGUUGAGCUCCCCAGCUCCUGCAUCAGCCGGCUGACGGGCAGGGAGGGCUCUGGACAGCCUGGCUGCGGGGCCCGGGUGGAGGGUGAGCCCAGCAACCGGGGCGCGCAGGAGCCCAGCACGCGCUCGGGGGGGGGGGCCCAGCCCCCCAGCCCGCUGGGGCCCGCCCGGGGAAAGGGUGUUGGCUCCACCUUUGAGAGUUUCAGGAUCAACAUUCCUGGGAACACAGCCCAUUCCGGCAGACUGCUCAGCCCCGGCUUCUGUAACACGUUCCGGCCAGUGGACAGCAAGGUGCAGAGGAGAGCAAGCCCCUCACCCCUCUUCUCUGUCAGGAAGACAAAGCAGCUCAAGAGUGAGAUCUAUGACCCCUUCAACCCCACGGGCUCCGACUCCAGCUCCGCCAACAGCAGCCCUGAGCGUUUGGGCCUUCUGCCCUCGGAGAUCACGCGAACCAUCUCUGUGGACAGUCCCGAGGCCCCAGCACUGCCCCCUGUGCGCUGUGUCACCUCCUACACGGUGCAGACCAGCGCGGGAAAGGAGCCGGAGCCCCCCCAGGGGCCCUCCAGUCUGUCCGAGCUCCAGGACGAGGAGCCCUGCGCACAGGCACAGCAGCUGUCCCCCCCGGAGCCCUGGGGUGAUGAGGCCCUGCCAGCCCGCAGCUCCUUCUUCGGCUCUGAGAGCCGGACGGUGACUUGCGUGACUGUGGUGGAGCCUGACACGCCACCCAGCCCGGACACCCCGCCUGCAGCCACCCACAGGGUCGUGGAGCUGCGCUCCCCCACCCGCUCCCGCUCCCGGUCCAGCUCCCGCGGCCGGAAGAGAGGCCCACAGCCGAGGGCAGCCACCAGGGAGCACUGCGCCGGCCGCUCGGGCUCCCGCUCGUCCCGUUCAGGAGACCGGAGUUCCAGGUCUGCCUCGCCUGCAGCGGGCGAGGACCAGCCCAAGAGACACCGGCCCAAGGCCCGGGGCCGCAGGUCCUCCAGCGAGCGCUCCAGCAGCCACGAGCGCACCAAGCGCAAGAAGGCGAAGGACAAGAGCAGGGAGCGGGGCAGAGGCUCCUGGGGCCGCGGCCGCCGGAGGUCCCGCUCCCGCUCUGGGAGCCCUGGGAGCUCUUCCCACGAGCACCGCGAGGGCCGCAGGAAGAAGAGGCGGCGGUCAGGGUCCAGGUCUCGGGGGAGGGAGUGCUCGCCCCCCAGGCACCCCAGGGAGAGGAGGGGGCGGCCCCGGGACCGGCACAGCUCCCGUGAGAGGCGGCGGCGAAGGUCCAGGUCCCCUAGCCCGGAACACCGGCCCCGGGUGCACCGGCGGCCUCGGUCCCGGGAGAAGCGCCCGCGGCCCCACCCCCACUCCCCUGAGCGGAAGUUGGCCCCAAAAGAGGCUUCUCCAGCACCCCCUCCCCAGGAGGAGCCCAGGCCAGACAGGGAGCCCCCAGCCAGGUCCCCGGCUGGGCCCCCACCCUCAGCGGGAGCAGACGGCUUACCAGAAGGGCCAGAAGUCGACAAGACCACCCCAGUCCCGGAGGUGCUCGCGGAGUGUCCAGCGGAGGAUGUGGACUAUGGCGACUCUGUGGAGGCGGGGCACCUCUUUGAGGACUUUUCCAAUGACACCAUCUUCAUGCAGCUUGAUGACAUGAGUUCCCCGCCCUCCCCGGAGAGCACGGACUCUUCCCCGGAGCGCGACCUCCUGCCCAAGCCCACCAUGCCCCCAGCGGGCCCCCAGCACGACACCAGCCUGGCCAUGGCUGUCAUCCGGAGGGAGGUGUCUCGGAUCCAUGGUGAAGAUGUGGCACAGCCCUUGCCCGGGACCGAGGUCCCCCAGGAGAAGCACUUGCUCCAGCAGGAUGCAGACGAGGCCGCCACAGUGCCCUGUGCCCUGGGUGCCGAGGCCCCUGGCGGGACACCUGUGGGGAAGGAGGAAGGCCCCUCUCAGAACCCUCUGCUGCGGGCCAAGGCGCUGGUGAAGAGGGUCACCUGGAACCUCCAGGAGGCAGACUAUGGGGCCCCGGCCAACGACAGAGGCCUGUCCAGGAGGCAGCCUUGUGGCCUGGAGGGCCCCAGAACACCCACCCCCGUAUGUUGGCCCCCAGGGACACCACUUCACAGGCCACAGAAGCCCCGGGAAGGAGUCUGGGAAUCUGACGACGUGGGCCCCGUGGCUGGGCUCCAGCAGGCACCUUUCUCUGAGCCGCCUGCCCCUGCUUAUGUGCUUCCAGAGCCUGGCUUCCCCCCAACUGACCCCUCUCAGGUACAGAGCCCCAGCCUGCCCCCCGGCCCAGCCCUGCCAUCGGGCGUCCCGCCAUAUGCACCCAUCAGCCAGCCCGCAGUCCAGUUCCUCCUCCAGGGGAGCCUGCCCCUCCCGGGCUGCGGGGUGGCCCAGAGCCUGGCCCCAGUGUCCACCAUCCCGACUGCAGCCUCAGAGCCAGCUGGCCACGCUGCCACCACCACUGCUGCCAACAACUCUGAGGAGAGGACGGCUCCCCCUAGGCCAGCCCCAGAGAAGGCCAAGAAUGAGGAGUACAUGAAGAAGCUGCAUGUGCAGGAGCGGGCUGUGGAGGAGGUGAAGCUGGCCAUCAAGCCCUUCUACCAGAAGAGGGAGGUGACCAAGGACGAGUAUAAGGACAUCCUGCGCAAGGCGGUGCAGAAGAUUUGCCACAGCAAGAGCGGGGAGAUCAACCCCGUGAAGGUGGGCAACCUGGUGAAGGCCUACGUGGACAAGUACAGGCACAUGCGCAGACACCGGCGGGCCGAGGCUGGCGAGGAGCCGCCAGCCCAGGGCGCGGAAGGCUGAGGAGCAGAAAACGGGACACGCCCCGCCCUCCCGUUUUCAGGGUUCCUGUGAUCACAUGUGGUCUGUGCACCUGUCUUGCUCAUAGUUUAAAACUGGACUUUUUUAUAUGUAUAUUAUAGACACACACAGUUCCCAUUGUGUUCUAAUUUAUCAAAAAUGGAUUCUCUUUAGAAACGUC